AUGUCACGGUGGCGCGCCGCCGCGUCCAGCAUCUCCGCCGCCGCCGCCGUUGCCUCCCGCAACUCUGCGGCGGAAGCCCGCGUCCUCUCCAGGGCUUUGGCGAAGGCUCCCUCGCCGCUUCCGCUUCCUCUCCAAACCCUCUCGAGAACCUUCGCCAAGUCCGCUGCCGCCGCCGCCACGGCCACGUCUCCCGGCACUGGCGCCUCCUCCCCGCCCGCCGGGCCGAGGCCCGAGAUCAGACUGAAUUCUAUGUUCUUAUCCAAGCCCUGUUCAUUAGCGUUGCCACCUGACUCCCCUCAUAGAGCAGUGGAUCCACAAUAUGAAGGCAUCAAGCGAUUCCUGCUCACACUGUUGUUGUUCUACAGUAAGCAAAGCAAGUCCAUCAGAGGGGCAAAUGUUGUUUAUGAUCGAAUCACUUCUCAAGUUGAUGCACCUGCUAUUUAUGAUGUUUUUCAGUUGGAGAAAACAUUUAAGACAACAUUUUCAUUGCUUGUUCUCCAUAUGUGGCUUGUUCUGCGCCGCUUGAAGGAAGAAGGGAAGGAUGGUGUUAAGUUCGGACAGUACAUCUAUGAAAUGUACAACCACGAUGUAGAGCUCAGAGUUUCAAAAGCUGGGGUUAACUUGCUCUUGAUAAAAUGGAUGAAGGAGCUAGAGAAAAUAUUCUAUGGAAACAUUGUGAAGUAUGAUGCUGCGAUAAGCCCAGAGGCUCGUCAAGAUGAUCUCGUAAAUGUCAUCUGGAGAAAUAUUUACGCUGAGGAAGGUUCAGAGGCUAUGGAUGCGGCUGCUGCCCCUGCUGUCCAGGCAUUGGCAAGAUACACACGAAGGGAGGCAACUUGUCUAUCAUUGACUG